CAGCCGCCCUGCCCACUUUUAUGACAGACCAUUCUCUCCUCUAUUAAUGACAGGUCGGAACCGAACCAAUGAACGGGGCCCAGCCUUCUACGUCAGCUCUUCCGGAGACAGAGUAUUGACGGAUAUAGCGGGCGUCCAAUCACCUGCAAGCCGCCGAAUGCUUGGCGUUCUCUUCACGCCCCUCCAGCAGGCUUCCCAUGGAUUGACAUGCUUUUCACCCUAUCACGUGGGAGAGUAGGCGGAGCAGGAAGGGGAGGGGGCGGUUGCCCGGCGGUAGCAGUACGCGCAGGUCGGAGACAGCGGCAUGGCGGAAGACGAGAGUGAUCAGGAGUCGGAGAGGCUGGUGGAGGAGCUGGAAGCCAUAGUAGAUGAGGAGCUGACGGGGAUAGAAGUGGGCGAGCGCCGCUGCCGGGAAUACUGCCGCCGGUUCUGUGAGAUUGUUGAAGACUACACUGCUCGGUGGCACGUCCCAUUGCCUCAGCUUCAAGUACUACAGACUGCACUUUGCUGCUUUACAUCUGCCAGCGUGUCUUUCCCGGAUGAAUGUGAGCACGUUCAGUAUGUUUUGAGUAGACUAGCUUUGAGUCUUUUUGAAUUGAUGCUGUUUUUUGGAAAAGAUGAGUUUUAUGAAACUCCUUUGAAAGACAUUCUUGGCUCAGUGCAGGAAUGCCAUGACCUUCUAAUGCGAUAUGACAAUAUAGACCUACGAUUAGCCACGUGUGUAAUCAAGGAUGGAGGACCCUGGGAGGAUCCUGUAUUACAAGCUAUACUUAAAGGGAAAUCUGAACCUCAAGACAUUGUGGACAAAUACCUGGAGUCUGAGAAUCAGCUGUUCUUUGAAUUCAGAGUGAGAUACCUCAUUGCCUGUGAACGCAUUUCAGAAGCCGUGGCUCUGAUAACGACCUGUCUGAGUCAUCCGGAAGUCAGCAGAAAUAUCUAUUACCAUCAAGCAUACUUCAUAUGCCUGCACAUGACCAAACUAACUGAUAAGUUGCUUCCUGAGCAUGUGCUGAGAAUGGACACCAGCGAUGGUGUAAGCAUCAUCUGCCGCAUUGAAAAAGAGGGCAAGACGGCUUUGGCACUGCAGCUGAGUGAAGCUUUUCUCAUCACACAAUUGCAGACCGGAAAAAUGUAUUGUGUAUGGGAAUUGAUUUUCAUAUGGAGUAAGCUUCAGUUAAAAGUCAACCCUUCAAAAGAAGUCUAUGUAGAACAAUGCUACAACAUGCUGAGGAUUGCAGCCAAUGUUAAAGUCAUCUUUCCCUUCAUGAAGACCAUCAGAGAUGAAGUUGGUGAAGCUGGAGUGCAGCUGUCGGUGGAGCUGUGUGGAUGUGCACUACAACUGGAUCUUCAUAAUAAUCCUGAAACAAAAUCUUUAAUUUAUAAAACUAUAGCUUACCUGUUCCCCACUGACUUGGAGAUUUGCAGAAUCUGUGCACUAUCUGUUUUCUUUUUGGAACGCACUGUGGAAUCCUACAAAGACGUGGAACGUUUGUACAAAUACUCUGAUGAGGAUUAUAAUGAGUUUAAUAGCUACGUGGAGAACCGGGUGCGUUUUGAAUUGCUUCCUAUCUUAAAAAGAGGCUUAUUAUUUGAUCCAGAAUUCUGGAACUUUCAGAUGAUUGAGCAAAACUGUGCAGAACUCCUUGGGGAAAAGGCUGCCUUGGUUACUGAUACACAAGAACAAUCGGAUAAUCCGCUGGAACCCAAUUUGCCUCCGGAUGACUCUGUGAUGCAAUUACGUAAUGGAGUAUUGAAGCUCAAAGAGAGAAGCUGUAAGCUAAGACUGCCUUUUCAUUCUAGAAGGAAUCAUACCAUACCUAGUCCUAAGCAAAUGGAGCAUAAUGUUCCUAAGCAUCCCUGUAUUUUGUGCAAAAAGGAAUUUUUAGGUGGUCACAUAUUUAGACAUGCGCAGACCCAUCACGAAGGAGGCUUCUUUACAUGUGUUCUAUGUGCCAGAAAGUUCAGAAAUAAAAUAAAUAUGCUUCGACAUUUAAAACAUCACCUAAAGAAAAUGCAAAGGCAUUCAAUGGUGAAAUCUGCUGAUGCUUCCUCAGACAAUGCUAUGCAGGUUUGUUCAGAUAUCGGUGAAGUUAACUCCUCCGAGUCAUUGGUGGUUUUGGAAAAUGGCAGCUCUACUAGUUCGACCAGUGAAGAGCUGAACAUUCUUCACAGUCAAGAGACUGAAAUGCAAUGCAUGGUACCUGAUGAAAACCACCUAACGGAUCAUAACAUUGAACUUUUACAUCAUUCAACAGCUACUCAGACCUCUUUCUCCACUGAUGUUAGUAAUACAGAUGACGUGUCUGCUGCACUAGGUGAAAUAGAAGCAGUGGAGGAAAAGUCUGACAAGGCCUUUACUGAAUGCAUUAAGCUAAAUGGGUCUGUCUUUGAUAAAGGAGAGCCUGAUGUCAGCCACAAGGUUAACUACCAGUGCCCUGCUAAGGGAUGUCAUCGCGUAUUCCAGCGUGUAAGGGCUUUGAACAAGCACGCACGGAAAUCCCACCCAUCUGAUGAAAAUGUACAGCAACACAUAAUGGCGUGGAAUAAGGGCAAAUGCCGCUUCUGUCAGAGAAAGUUUACCAACGGUAGGCAUUUCAUGGACCAUUUAAAGAGACACACUUACCCAAAUGUCUACUUUUGCCAGCAGCAAAGCUGCAAUAAAAACUUCAAGUUUGUAACUCAUCUUGCAGAGCACCAGUUAAGCCACGAAACUCUAAUAUUUCAGUGUGGCUUCAUAAACUGCACUGAGGUUUUUGAACAAAUCUCUUCCCUUUAUGAGCAUGAAGCUCGGCACUAUGAACAAAAUGCUGGAGAGGUUGGUAACGCUUUACCAGUCGAAGAGCCAGUAAGUCCUGUUCCUGUAUGUAGCCUGCCACAAGAGGACAUGGAAAACAAUCAGCGGCUUACAGAAUCUACUAAAAAAGUACAGACUGUCAGUGAUGAAGUAGUAGACUUGCCAGUUCCCACCUGGAAGUCUAGAAAAGAAGUUGUAGAACCAAAGACUUAUAAACAGACUGAGAAAAAAAUGAAUGGGGAAGUGCAAACAGCUGAGCAAACUCUACAACCGAGUUGUAAUGACUCGGAACCAACCAACGCCGAUAGCUGUCAGGAGACCGUUCAGGAAACGCCAUCAGUUGUUGAGGAACAAAUUCCAAAUGGAUAUAUUGUGCAGGAACAGACUGUUUCAGAAGAAGUAGACACACCUGUAACAUUGGAUGGCACUAGAGAAACUGCUACAGACAUAACGCUGCAUUCGGAUACGGCACAGGACGUUGAGCAAAAAAACAUUGCAGUGGAAAAUCGUCUUGAGGACUCUAAACCAAAUCAACCCGCUAAAUCGGCACCAGGUGGUACACGGCUCUAUAGCAGGCCCUUGCCUCCGAGUUACCUAGAUGAACAGUAUAUUAGCAUGCCAAAACGUAGAAAAAGUAGCCAGGAUCGCUUUCAUGAAAACCCUUGCGAGUCAAAGACAUCAGUAGAGAAACUGAGAUGCGGGAAGUGCCUAACGAACUACUGUAGCUCAGAAGCACUUGACGAGCAUCUAGCACAAAAGAAAUGUCAGCUGUAUUUUGGGUUUGACUCAGAUGAUGAAAGUGCCUGGUGAAAAGCUGCACAAGAAGACAACACCAUCCCCUUUCCCAGUAUCAAUUUGGCCUUAUUAGGACUUACCAGCGUUCAUAUUUUUACUGAAAAUACUCGUGGAGUGCUAGAUGUGUAUUUUAAGUCCAAAAAUUAAUCAUGUUCAUUUUCACAUUUUAGCAACAGAGAAAAAUCGUGCCAUGUAAUUUUGAAGUGUGUACUGCCUUGAUGGUUGGUUUGAAUAAAAUAUUUUAUAUUUAUCACAA